ACAUCACCGUGUUUGCAUGGUCUGUGUGUCCCUUCCUUGUUCAUUGUCAACUGUAAACCAUGGCGGACUCUUUGAAGAGAUCAGACGAGAAUCAAGAGCAGUCAGUUGCUCGUAAGAAACUGAAAUCUGGACCAGAUACAGAUAAGAGUUGCGGCGAUGGGUCGGAGGAGCAGAAUAUUUUAGCACAUUUCCAGAUCAAGUCUGUGCUGCGCGAUUCCACGCGGGAAAAGACUGUCUUCAUUCAUGGAGAGUUGGAAGACAAGGACGCUAUUGUUAUCCUUGAGAAGACACCAAUUGGACAAGACACUCUUCCAGACAUGCUCAAGGAGUCCACCCUGGAGUUGAAGAUGAAGAAUGACAUCUAUAGCACCUACACCCUCACUCCUCCUCCCCGUUUCAAUGAUAUCAAGUCAACAGUUAUUUUCCCAGCCACCCAGAAGCAUGUGAAGAAGUACCAGGCCCAAGAGGUGUUCCUGGUGGAGGAGACUGAAGAGGACUAUCGUUCUAUUACCCUCCCCUACAUCGAGAGCCAAAGCUUCAGUGUUCAGUGGGUUUAUAACAUCUUGGAAAAGAAAGCUGAGGCUGACCGGAUCGUUUUUGAAGAUUCAGAUCCCAAAACGGGCUUUGUUUUGCUCCCAGAUUUCAAGUGGGAUACAAAACAGGUGGAAGAUCUGUAUUUGAUUGCUAUUGUCCAUCGGAGAGACAUCAAAAGCCUGAGGGACCUCAGGGCAGAGCAUAUCCCUCUGCUGGAGAACAUCAGGAAGAAAGGCCAGGAGGCCAUCCUGAAGCAAUUCGAGGUCCCGUCCUGCAAGCUGCGCGUCUACCUGCACUACCAGCCUUCCUACUACCACCUGCACGUGCACUUCACCUCCCUGAGCCACGACGCACCUGGCUGCUCCGUAGAGAGAGCCCACCUGCUCUCCGACGUCAUUCUCAACCUGCAGGGGAACCCGCGGUACUACCAGCAGCGACCCCUGGCCUUCCCCCUCCGGGCAGACGACAACCUGGCCGCCAAGUUCAGGGACGCCGGGAAGCUCCCCAGCUGAUGAUUGGCUGAACUGAUUGACUUCCAAUCGUCUGUCAAAAAAAUGACUGAUUCACUUCCAAUUGUCUGAUGAAAACAUACUGAUUCACUUCCCAUCGUCAUUUACAACUGCUUAUGAUAUUUCUAAAAAUAUCUGGUUUUACAUUGUUUGUUCAUUUUUUUAUUUGUAGUAGGACCCAUUUCAAUUAAAAUGUGGAAUUGUUUUAUA